AUGUUGUCUUCAACAAGCACUGACAACCCAAGCUCUGGCUUUGGUCCAAGCUUUUCACAAAGCGAUAUCGACUGUGUGGACAGUUUCCUAUUACCAAGUUCUCUACCCGAUAACAAAACUCCCGAAGUUUAUUGUUCACCUCCUAUAUUUGAACUGGACAUUCCAGUUCCAUCCUUCGCUUUGAGACGUCGAAAUGCAAUAGUGGAAGCU